GGGCGUGAUACUACUUGUUUUGAGCAUCAGAUACCGAACUUGUCGGUUGGGUAUGGUCCAGUCACUUCUUGGGAUAGUGGCAUUGCUAUACGUAUAUUCCGUACCUCAAUCGGAUUGGGGAUGGCGAGACAUGGGCGAUCGAGUCCAAAUGAGUCUAUCGGGAUUUCAUACAUCAUAUCUUCAUACUAUUAUACAUUCGACUAUCGGUCCGGGGACAACCGCCUCGACGCUCAGGCAACGCCUGCAUCGUCACAGUGUCAAAGCGCACGGCAAAACCCUGGGGGUGGCUCGGCGUGCCCAAAACUGCGCUCAUUUCUAGCGUCCUGGGGCGUGAUGGGCCUUCCUUUGGUAUGACGGCGCGUCUCCAUUUGGCAUUUGUAGGCGAUGUGGGGAUGUGGGUUUAGCCGAAAAUCGGCCUCAAUGAUUGUUUGAGGAGAUUGCCGAGGGCCAACCCGGCCUUUUAACCCCCGC